ACAUUUCCCACAAUGCACCGGGCCCGGCUCUUCCGCGCAGCGCCUCGCGCGCCGGUUGCCACCAACGGCCGCGGCGGCGGUUGGAGGGUUUUGGUUUGAGGCACCUGUUGAACAAAGGAGGCAAGGGGCAUAUGCUUUCUGUAAGCGAAGAAGGUCCUAGGCAGCUAUGCCAAACCAUAGCACUGGAGCAGAUAAAUGUUCUGUCUUGCCUCCAGUUGUUUUUGAGAAAGACAGGAGAUUUCUGGAGAGCACACAAAGAUAUAUAUUGACUGAAAUUGAGAAAGUGGGUUGUACUGAGCACGUACCACCUGAGGAGUAUUACAUUAUAUACAGAAAUGCAUUUGACAAGGUAACAAGUACUUUCCAGGUAAAUGAAAUAAUUGAGUAUGUUACUGCAUACAAGAACAUCCUGAUUUCAAUCAAGCAGGAAUAUGAGGCAUUUAUUGCCACAAUCAAGAAUGGCCAAAAGAAUGCAUUUUUUCUUCAUGGGAGAUGAAAAGUUCUGGCAUCCGAGCCCACAACUCUGUUAUACUACAGGAAAAGAGCAAUGGAGAUUGAAGACAAGAUAAAGGCUAUUGAGAAGAAUUCUGCAAAAAUUCAAAAUCUGAUACUGAGAAACAUAAGAAAGGUAUCCUCUAAAAACUUUGACACCCCAGGGAAAACAGUUAAUUCUGCUAAGCCCAUCCCAGGUCUCAGUAUAGAAGAAUCGCUCAACUUGGAUUCUCUUUCUAACCUUGCUCAGCUAGACAGAAAGAUGCUAGAAUUGAAAAAAGAAAGGGAAAUAAAAUACAUCCCUUGGAAUAAAAAGAUCGAGUUAGAACAAGAACUGUUGCACUUAAUGACCUUACGAGAUACAGCUGAAGCAAAAAGAGAAGAGCUGAAGCUCAGAUGUACUAGAAUUUUGUUAGUUGCAAAUGUUAUUUCUGCCUGUGCAAAAUCAGCCAAAACUAUCACCCUGCAAGAUCUCCUCUCUCAGACUGUGGAAAAUAAAAAUGAUGAAAGAGCUCUUGAUGUCCAUAGUAAAGUGGCUGAAGAUUUGCUUGAAUACUUUGAAAGGUUCAGUGAAUUACUUUCAAAUGGUCAGUGUGAUGCUGCAGCAACUUCUGCAGCAAACUCUUCUAGUGGAAUUCUCCUUAAUGAAGGAACUCUGAGGAAACUUGAAUCUGUUGGUUGUCUUCAAGGAAGAAAUAUCCUGUUACUGACAUAUUUUGAGACUCUCAUUAACUCAAGCACUGCGGCUGGUUUGCCUCAAAAUUCAGCCAUAAGUCUGGAUGCAGUCAAAUGUGCAUUGUCUGAAAAACAAUUAAAUAUAGUAAUGCACUGGAUUACACAGCAAAGGCUGACGUUUUCUGAAGUGUUAGGAGAUGUGAUUUAUGACUAUGGGAAAGUGGAACCCAGCAGCUUGUCAAAAUGCCUGGCUUUGGCUCAGACUGUGUAUGAUCAGCUGGUGUACACAAAAAAAGUUGCUCUGUGCCUGUAUAAGCAGGGCCAAAUUUAUACAGCAGUGGAUUAUAUUCGGCAACUCAAGCAUUUUUCUUUAGAUGAUUACUUAUUUCUACUGGAAAACUGUCCUACCACAGAAUUCGUAUGUUCUCUCAGUCAAGAGUGGUUUAGAAACCCACCACUUUCAUCCAUGGGGUCUACAGUACUAUCUCUUAUUUCAACUGAUCACAAAAAGCAUGGCUUUCAGCUUUUGGAGGAAAUGAGCAAGAAAAAUACAUCGAAACAGAUGAUUCUAAAUGAUACAGUCUGUACAGUAGAAGGCUGGAAGAAGAUAGCAGAUACAUGUGCAGAGAAUAAACAGGAAAAGUUAUCUCAGGAAAUCAUCUCAAUUAUCACCUCACAGGAUGGAGUGUUUGAAAAUUCACCACUUGAAGAUGAAAAAGAUGCCAUGUUAAUGGAGCAUGUUUUCUGGUAGCUCUUUGUAACAACAGAGGGAGCUCUUACAGCAGACAAAUGAAGAAUCCUUCUAGCUCUUUGUAUGAACAAUAGUAAACAUUAAUGCUUCAGAAAAAGUGCUGAGAAUAACUUUAUGAUCAAAUAUCAGCUAUUUGUUCCUUUUAACGUCUUUCUGUGAGUGUGUGUAUGUUUGUAUUUUGUUUAACUGGAAGUUUAUUCUCAGUGUAGAAGAAAAUUGGCAUAAUAUACUCUGGAAUGGUAUGCUAUGGUAAUGUUGCACAUCUAUUUUCUCUUACCCAUCCGGUUCUCCACUUCUGUUCAUCAUUUCUGUCCUUUUGUACAGUGCUGGAGGGACAUACCACACUAAUUUAAACCUUGUGCAGUAAGGGAAAUUAGUCUGAGUGGAUCAUCAUUCUGAGGGAGCUUUGCAGCAGUGCAUUGUAAAAUGUAGUCGUACCCUCAUGCCUUAACUCCCUUCCUCCCCUUUUCCCCUCUGCCCCAAUAGGCCCGAAGGGUCAAGCACCAUCACUAGAGUCAUAUUCCAAGCUCAAUUAUUAUGAUAAUCUAACAAAUUCUGUCAAAAAUAUAACAAAUGCCUACUUAGAAUAAAUUUAAGCGUCAGUUAUAUGCAUCCAACUGCUACUGAUUGCUGUGGAAUUGCACGAUUUGAGAGCCAUAUUACACAGUAAGAGUCAGUAUUGGAAGCUUACUUACCUGAUAUUGAUCACUAAGAGAUAGGUAAUUCAGUCUUAGAAAAAUGAAGAUGUCCAACCGCAGUCUUUGCCAGCAAAUUCACUGGGUGUGCUAUUAGUAUUAGUAACUGUGCACAAUAAAAGUGGUUAAAAGGAAAAAACAAUAAAACUUUAUGGUUUUAGCUUUUGAACAAAAGUAAAUAAAAUAAUACAUGUUAUAUUAUUAUAUAAUAAUAAUAAAUAAAAAUAAUAUAGAAUAUAUCAAAAAAAUAACAUCGCUAUUAGUAGAGCCUUUUUUUUAACUUGCUGCCCUGAACUAGCGUAAAGAGGAAGAAUUCUGGAUAUUGUCUACUGUUGUCAGUGUGGUACAUGUUUGCGAAAACAGAUAUUUCUAUAACUACUGCUGUUUUGUUUCAGUGUUAAUAUGUUUUAGCACUUUUAAAAAGCUGCUGGGCUGUGUUUAUUAUACUGAUAAAUCUGCAGAACUGUGCAGGUUUUAUGAUAGAACUUUCUUUAAAAGAGAAGAAUUCAAAGUCUGCAGGUACUGUAAGUAUUAUGUGCCGAUGAGGAAUCGAAAAGGGUGUCUGGUUUGCAUUCUCAACAUACAGAAUAAUAUGUCCCAUAAUUAUAAUCCUUAAGUUAAAUAUAAAAAUAUAUAAAUAUUUCCUGAAAUAAAUUAGUGGUAAUUAUUUUUUUCCAGUAAAGCCUACCAUUUAGUAGUGUGUUUCCAAAUACUUACAAAUUAUCCUUGCUCUGAAGAAUUUUUGAAAGUCUGAUUAGGAACACACUCUUGGUAAUGAAGAUUCAAACUUUUUACCUGGAGUGCGGUUCAAAUCUGCCAAAAACUGACUGGUUUAUGUGUUUAUGUUUAGAAGAAGGAAAAUGCUAUGGCCCUGGGAAGUAGGGCCUUGCCAGGAUGCCUUUGCAGUAGUUCCAGCUUUUCCAGGAGAGACUUUUUUUUUUUUUUUUUUUUUUUAAGCUAAAGCAGCAUAUUCUAUACUCCAUUUGCUAUGCUGAGAAGAAAUUUAUAGUACUUUUAAAAGUCAAGGGGAAGUUGACAUCUUACUUGAAAUAAGAGUUGGGGAGAGAAAAAAAGGUGAAACUAGCAAAAGGAAGUAAGAAAGAGAUAUAAAAUAUUUAUUAAAGCUCCAGCUUACAGAACAUAUUCUGGGAUAAAUGAUUUCAGCGACAUGCUGCUGAAACUUGACUUAAUGUUCGAGUACCUUUUCUUAGAAUUAUAGCGAACUGCAGAUUAAGAAUGUAGUUUUCCCUUUUUGCUGCUUAUUGCUGUUAAUGUUACUGAAAUUAAUGUAAGCCUACCAUUGUAAACAUAUAUGCUGGAGCACAUACUCCAGAAGUGGCCAGGUGAAAAGGCCCGCACUGGUGGCUUCUGUGGGAAUUCUGAACACAGUACAUGUACAGAAUGGGGCCCUCAGCAAGUGCUUUUAUUUGAAAAAAAGCGUUGCACGCUGUGUCUGGAAAUGCAGACUAAUAUGCUUUGGGGACUGCUUAGUUUUAUAAGACAUAAAGGGAACAUUAAAUGUUUAUUUUCCAGAUCAAGAUUGUUUUAGCUGUUCAGAGUCCAUUAUUUCUUUAACAGCACCAGAGCAUUCACUACUGGAACCUAGUCUUUUUCUUAACCCAGUUAGACUUCACCAGAGUGGCUGAAGACUUCUGUGCUUUUUGAUUAGGAAAGGAAGAAUAGUUGGAUUCUGCAGAGGGUCUUCUUCCAGUGUCAGGUACAGUCAUGUAGGAUAAAUACAGAGGUUAAUAGCCAUUUCUCUUCCCACUUAUAUAACUCAGUCAUGAAAUUCUAGAAUUUUAGACCAGUUUGUGGUAUAAAGUUAAAACUUGAAGUAGAAAUGAGUUCCAGACGUAAAUGAGGGAUCAGGAAGAAUGGCCAAAUAUAUUUUGUAUGGUGGGGAAAGAAAGCAGAUAUGGGCUCUCAGAAGUAGUAAUGCACCUUCAUUAAAAAAAAAAAAAAAAAAAUCAAUUUUCCAACAGCGUGGUUUGUCUUUAUUAUGCAUGUUAGUGUGCUUUCUAGAACUUCAGGUUCAGUUCUCUCAAUUCCAUUCUAUGCUGCUGGGUGUUUAUUAAUUUUAAUGGUGCUAUUCCUGGUAUAAUUCAAUGAGUUACAAAAGACCGUUUUCUGUUAGGUUAGUCAUACUGUUUAGAAGAUAAGAUGGAGAUGAGCAUAUGGUCUCAAACACACUAUGUAUAUUGUAACUUGGUUUACAGUGUAGAAUAGAUCAGACUGUGGCCAAAAGGGUGAAAAUGAUGAAUGAAAAGAUCACUGGCACUCUUAAACAUAAGAGCUGACAGCAUACAAGAAAACAGUGGAGAUGUAACUGUGAUACUUCCCAGGGUGAUUUCAUGGUUCUUGUUUAAUAUUUAUAGCAGCUGAAAAAUGAAAGUGCUUGUUAAAUCAAAAAAGACACUGAUAGGCUAAAACCAUAAAGUUUUAUUGUUUUUUCCUUUUAACCACUUUUACUGUGCACAAAUGGUUUCUAUCAAGGAUACAUGAUCAAAUGGCAGACCUGAGGUACAUGCUGCUUUAGUUGGAGUAUUUACUCCAACUAGCUGUUCUGUAUUAAGCACUCUCCAGAAGUUUUCGAAAUAACGCUACGUAAGAAAAACAGUACAAGUGCAGAAUUAAAUGUUUACUUUUUAGGGUAGACAAAACUGUUCAGUACAGUUUUCUCCAGAGGACUUCAGUAAGUUGCCUCAUGUGCCUUAUUUUCCUUCAGAAGAACUUGGUGUGCCUCCCAUCCCAGAGAUCAGUUGCUAAGCAUCCAUUUGGAUUUAAAGAUUUAGACCCAUGUGUUUUACUCAGCAAGCUAAAGAAGUUUCAGUCACUUCUUCAUCUUAAAAAAAAAAAAAAAAAAAAAAAAAAAAAAAGUCUUAUAUGCAUUAAAAUUCUAUUUGGCAAGAUGACAAUGCCCUUUUACCCUAAGUCUCCCUAAAAACCAAAUUUUUAUUUUUAUUCAAACACCUAAAGUUACAUAUUUUUUAAAAAGUGGAAUUUCAAAAAGCUAGAGACAUCUGUAAACACUAAGCAAGUUUAAAAAUCUGUCCCUAAAUUCCUUAUAAAACUUUGUCCCCAGUCUCAGAUAUUUUUUACUUUGAAGAUAUUAUCCAUUUUUCAGAGACGGAGAAAUAAGAGAACUGUUUUAUAUAUCAACUGGCUGGUAAGAGAGAUUCUGAAACAUGUUGGAUACUGUCAGUGUUCACUUUUCUUCCUUUCUUCCUUUCUUCCUUUCUUCCUUUCUUCCUUUCUUCCUUUCUUCCUUUCUUCCUUUCUUCCUUUCUUCCUUUAAUAAUCAAACUCAAAAUUUGUAGUUUUCUCAGUGUCUGACAGAUUUUGAUCUGGAUAAAAGAAAUCUGGUUGAAAUGGAAUUACAAUAAAGCAGUUGUGGGGUUUAAAAGUA